AUGCUCAAAAUAUCCACCCGAAGAUUGUUGACUCGUCAGUUCUCGUCUUAUCUUAUCCGAAACGGGACCAUCGUCACGGCCAGCCACUCCCGCAAGGCCGACCUGCUGGUCCGAGACGGGCAGGUGGCCGCGAUCGGAGAAUGCAACUCAGCAGGGGCGGAGGUGAUCGAUGCCUCUGGAAAGUUGAUUAUUCCUGGCGGCAUCGACACCCAUACCCACAUGCAGAUGCCGUUCAUGGGCACCCACUCCUACGAUGACUUUGAGUCGGGUUCUCGCUCUUGUGUGGUGGGGGGCACCACAAGCUUUAUCGACUUUGUCAUCCCGCAGAAGGGAGAGUUCCUCCAGGCCUACGAAAAGUGGCGGGGGUGGGCGGAUCCGAAGGUGCACUGUGACUACACGCUGCACUGCGCCUUGACUCACUGGAACGACCAGGUCCACCGGGAAAUGGCUGAUCUCGUGAGGAACGGGGUGCAGUCCUUCAAAUUCUUCAUGGCCUACAAAAACGCACUAAUGCUGGAAGAGGAGUUCGUUUUCAAGGCCUUCGAAAGGGCCAAAGAGCUGGGAGCAGUGUGUCUGGUGCAUGCCGAAAACGGGGAGCUGGUCGAGUACCGUACCAAAAAGGUACUGGAGGCAGGGGUCACCGGCCCAGAAGGGCAUUACCUCUCAAGACCGCCCUAUGUCGAGGCUGACGCAGUGCAGCGCAUCAUCGCUAUUGCGUAGACCAUCAAUAACCCCCUCUACAUCGUGCACGUCAUGAGCAAGGAGGCAGCAGACGCAGUCUCGAGGGCCAAGCAAAAAGGCAAUGUCCUCUUCGCAGAGACCCUGGCCGCGGCCCUCGGCACGGACGGGGCCAAGCUUUGGCACAGGGACUGGGAUGUCGCUGCCAGGUAUGUGAUGUCCCCGCCGCUGGGUCCUGACCGCACUGUCAAAAAAUACCUCAUGAAGAUGCUGCAGGCUGGCGUGCUCGAAGUCGUGGGCACUGACAACUGCACCUUCUGCACAGAGCAAAAGCGCAUGGGGCUGAACGACUUUAGCAAAAUCCCGAAUGGAGUUAACGGCCUCGAAGACAGGCUGUCGGUGGUUUGGACUAGGGGAGUCAAGACAGGCCUGCUUUCGCCUAGCCAGUUUGUGGAGGCAGUAGCAACCAAAGCUGCCAAGAUUUUCAACCUGUACCCCAAGAAAGGCUAAAUCGCGAUUGGCUCAGAUGCUGACCUAGUAGUCUACCCUGAGGUCAAGAGGACGAUCUCUUACAAAACGCAUCAUCAAAUGGACUUUAAUGUCUUUUAAGGACAGACUGUCUUUGGCAAAGCAGCCUACACUUUUUCAAAGGGGAAAAUCGCCUAUGGGUCGCAAAUUAAAAGCAGUCCGGGAUCCGGCAAGUUCGUAGGCAGGCAGCCAUUCGGGUUCGCAUUUGAACGGGUCAAGGCACUGGACCAGGCCAAUGACUUCCGGCGCUACAAAGUUGACCGUGUGGAGGCCAUCCUCAACAAAUACAUCCCCGAGAGCGAGCGCAAAGACCUGGACCGGAUGCUGUAUGGCAGCAGGUGCAGUGAGGACUAUGAAAUUCGGCAGUUCAAGAUCGGCAACCUGGUGGAGUAGCAAACCAGGGCGCGGUGGGUCAAGGUGGCGGCCAUCCAGAACAAGAUCGUCCUGCCGCCCAGCGAGCCGGUCAAGGCUCAGAAGCAGGCCUUGAUGCAGCGCAUCUCAGAGCUUAUUGAAGGGGCUGUCAGCCUGGGGGCCAACAUCGUCGGGCUGCAAGAAAUCUGGAACUCACCGUUCUUCCUGUGCACGCGGUAGAUACCGUGGCUGGAGUUCGCCGAGCCAGUGGAGGGCGAGUCCACGCAGAUGCUGAAGUAGCUGUCCCGCCGGCACAACAUCGUGAUCAUCUCGCCGAUCCUCGAGCUGGACUAGGUCACCUAGGUCUACAACAACAGCGCGCUGGUGAUUGACAAGGGCGAGGUGAUCGGCAAGCAGCACAAGAACCACAUCCCCAGGGUGGGCGACUUCAACGAGAGCACCUACUACAUGGAAGGGCAGACUGGCUUUAGAGUCUUUGAGACCAGCUACGGCAGGGUCGCUAUCAACAUCUGCUAUGGCCGCCACCAUCCUCUGUGCUGGAUGGCCUACGGCCUCAACGGCGCGGAAAUCGUCUUCAACCCCUCUGCUACGGUCGACGGCCAGAGCGAGACCUUGCCCAUCGAGGCUCGCUGUGCCGCAGUGGCCAACCACUAUUUCACUGUGGCCAUCAACCGGGUAGGGACCUAGCGUUACCCCAAUCCGUUUACCAGCGGGGAUGGUAAGCAGUCCAAGCACGAGUUCGGGCAGUUCUACGGGACCAGCUAUAUCGCCGCCCCGGACGGCAGCCGCACCUACGGGCUGUCCAGGGUGCAGGACGUGCUGGUGACCGAGCUGGACCUGAACAUGUGCAGGCAGGUCAAGAGCCACUGGGGAUUCACGAUGACGGGCCGGCACGCGGACUACUCGGAACUCCUACGGCGAUACGUGCAGGCUGAUUUCAAGCCCGAAAUCAUCAAAAAAUGA